AGCAUUUGAAGCUGCAGUCUUGAAAACCAUGCAGGCCGAAAGAGUAGAUAAAGAAAUAUUUAUCUGAGAUGGCACAUGUUUCUUCAGAAACUCAAGAUGUUUCUCCCAAAGAUGAAUUAACUGCUUCAGAAGCCUCCACUAGGUCUCCAGUGUGUGAACACACCUUCCCUGGGGACUCAGACUUACGGUCAAUGAUUGAAGAACAUGCUUUUCAGGUUUUGUCACAAGGAUCCUUGUUAGAAAGGCCACCUUACACAGUUUGUGUCUCUGAGCCAGAUAAAGAUGAUGAUUUUCUUUCUCUGAACUUUCCCAGGAAACUUUGGAAAAUAGUGGAAAGUGACCAGUUCAAGUCUAUUUCAUGGGAUGAGAAUGGAACUUGCAUAGUGAUUAAUGAAGAACUCUUCAAGAAAGAAAUUUUGGAAACAAAGGCUCCUUACAGAAUAUUUCAAACUGAUGCUAUCAAAAGUUUUGUUCGACAGCUCAACCUUUAUGGAUUUAGUAAAAUUCAACGGAAUUUUCAAAGAUCUGCCUUUCUAGCCACCUUUCUGGCAGAAGAGAAAGAAUCCUCUGUCUUAAGCAAGUUAAAGCUCUAUUAUAAUCCAAAUUUCAAGCGUGGCUAUCCCCAACUUUUAGUAAGAGUGAAGAGAAGAAUCGGUGUUAAAAAUGCUUCAUCUAUAUCUACUCUAUUCAAUGAAGAUUUCAACAAGAAGCAUUUUAGAGCAGGGGCUAACAUGGAGAAUCUAAUUCUGCCUUAGCUGCUGAAGCUAGUGAAGAAAGUUUAUUUUCAGCCUCUAAAAAUUUAAAUAUGCCUCUAACAAGGGAAUCUUCUGUCACACAGAUAAUUGCAAAUUCAUCUGUCCCAAUUAGAAGUGGUUUCCCUCCUCCUUCACCUUCAACCUCAGUUGGACCAUCAGAACAAAUUGCAGCAGAUCAACCUGCUAUUUUAAAUCAGCUGACCACUAUUCAUAUGCACUCUCAUAGUACCUACAUGCAAGCAAGGGGCCACAUUGUGAAUUUUAUUACAACCACAACUUCUCGAUACCACAUAAUAUCUCCCUUACAAAAUGGCGAUUUUGGGCUGACAGUGGAACCAUCUGCUGUUCCCACACGAUAUCCUCUGGUAUCAGUCAAUGAGGCUCCAUAUCGUAACAUGCUACCAGCAGGCAACCCGUGGUUGCAAAUGCCUACGAUCACUGAUAGAUCAGCUGCCCCUCGUUCCAGGCUAGCUCUUCAACCAUCACCACUGGACAAAUAUCACCCUAAUUACAACUGAUCUGCCAUUAAAAGAGGACCAGAUUAUGAAUGACGACAGAGACUAACAUUUACAUUGACAAAAAACCCUAAAAAUUUCUGCAAUUAUCUUAUUGAACAAUAAAAUUGCAUGUUUACUUCUA